ACUUCCUUACUAAGAAGCCCUGAUUCCUGGGAUUAAGCCAUCAAGGCGAUUACAAAUAACACGACUCCUCUAGUUAAUUCAUACAAGGCUUGGAAGGCCUACCUUUCUAGAGAAGGAGAGAUGGUGAACACUUUGUCAUUGUACAAGCCCUUGUUGCAAGGCUUAAUGAAGCUAGCUGGGGUCACACCCCGAGCAGUAGAGAUCGAGCCAGGGACAGUCAUCCAUUUCUGGAUCCCGAGUGAAACCACUACCACGAAUAAACCUGCAGUGGUGUUUCUUCAUGGAUUUGGUUUUGAUGGGAUUUUGACAUGGCAAUUUCAGGUGCUAGCUUUGGCCAAGAAGUACGCAGUUUAUGUUCCCGAUCUCCUCUUCUUUGGUGAUUCAAUCACCGAUAAAACUGAACGGUCACCGGCUUUUCAAGCAGAAUGCAUGGCUAAGGGUCUAAGGAAGCUUCGCGUCGAGAAGUGCACCUUGGUUGGAUUGAGCUAUGGAGGGUUUGUUGGUUUCAAGAUGGCUGAGAUGUUCCCUAAUUUGGUUGAUUCAAUGGUGAUAACUUGUUCAGUUAUGGCCUUGACUGAGUCCAUCGCUUGUGCUGGCCUGCAAAGAAUUGGCUUCUCAUCGUGGGCAGAUUAUUUGAUUCCUGAAACGGUCGAGGGCGUGAAGAAACUGCUAGACGUUGCUUUCUACAAGCUGCCAUGGAUACCUGAUUUUGUCUACAGACACAUUUUGGAGGCCUUGUAUUUCGACCACAAGAAGGAAAGGCAUGAACUUUUAGAGGCGUUAAUUGUGAAGGACAAGGAUUUCACUGUCCCUCGUUUUACACAGUCGCAGAGGAUAUAUCUCUUGUGGGGAGUAGAUGACAUCAUUUUCGACAAGGAAGAAGUUCGCAACUUGAAAGAGCUAUUAGAAGGCAAAGCAACGGUGCACUGCAUCGAGAGGGCAGGUCACUUGGUGGAAUUGGAGCGACCCUUUGCCUACAAUAGGCAACUCAAGCAAAUUCUUGCUUCUUUAUAUGAAGAUGGGAAGGAAAAUUAGUGGAACUCAUCCUCUCUCCACUCUUGGCCGUUGCUGUUUGUGUUAGUUUGACUUUAGCAUGAUCAUAGGGAAAUCUCAUCUCAUCUACCGAUCCGUGGAAUCAGUACCGAUGUAUCUUAUUGAAUAUUUUGCUUUUUGAACCCUAAAUAAUACAAAUAAUAAUUAAUGCCUUUUAAGGACCA